AUGCAAUCACUGUUACGUCAGUUGCAUGUGAUUACAGAUUCUUUAGGAGAGUCCCCGCUAUAUAAGCUCAUCACUGGCCCAGCUAAAAUGGAUUUACUUCACGAGAAUAGUAUUUCUGCUAUUUCUAUGAUUCAGAGCAGUUUUCAUCAGCAAAAAAGCAUAAUGUUUUUGCUGUCCAACCUCUUUGACCCGCGCUAUGCCUUCCUGUUCUACAGUCCGCUUGUAUUCUCAUUGAAUCGCUUCGCGGGACGAAAGCUAAUGUGGGUCACAGUUAUGGCCGAGUGGUCUAAUCAGGUGCUCAAAUGGAUUAUGAGAGGCGAGAGGCCGUACUGGUGGAUACACGAGACCGAUGUCUAUAACAAGACCGGCGGCGAAGUCAGACUACCGGCGAUACAGCAAUACUUUAUGACCUGCGAAACGGGUCCGGGCUCUCCAUCGGGACACGCGAUGGUAACGGCCGCUGUUUGGUAUAUACUCAUCGAGGCUUUCCUCCGCCAAAACGGCACUUUAACCAAACGAUCGAUCGUUAACCGCAUUUGUUGGGCCACUUAUACCAUAGUCCUAUGCUGUGUAAGUUUGUCCCGUAUCUAUUUGGCCGCACAUUUCCCGCAUCAGUGCGCCCUCGGAAUGGUCAUAGGGGUGGCCGUAGCGAUGCUCGUCAGCCAUCUCGACACCGAUAGCUUUAGCCGAAAGCAGUAUAUCUUGGGAACCGUCGGCCUAUUCGUGUCGGCGCUGUCCACGUAUGCGAUGCUGAAGAUGAUGGGCUUCAACCCGAUGUGGUCGGUGGAGAGGGCGCUCAAGUGGUGCGCCAAACGAGAACACGUCCACUUGGAUACCACGCCCUUCUUCUCGAUGAUGAGAUACACGGGUUUCUUCCUCGGCAUGGGUUUGGCAUUGCAUUCAAAUCUUCACAGAAUCGCAAACAAAGAGCGAUUCACGACAACCAUGAAGAUCGUGACCGCAGUUCUGUCGGUCGGUUUCGCAAAAGCCACUGAAUUUGUUCCGAUGCCUAAAGAUAAUGUCAAUUUAUGCUAUGCGUUGGCAUUCCUCUUGAGCGCAAUACUUCCCUAUGUCUUCGUGGCUAUUCUGUCGGCAAACGUAGAGAAUUAA